UCCAUUUCUCUCUCAGGGAACAAACACUUCCCAAUCUCACCAAUCCCUCUGCUUUUUGUUGUCUCUCUGUCGUGCCCUCCCCUUCACAUUAGACGACUACGACAAUGGCCGUUUCUCACAGCAGCGCCUCCUCCUCCACCUUCCUACCCUCCAAAUCCCUCGCCCAGCAGCCCCGCCUGGCCCCCGCCAGGCCCAGAUCGCUCUCUGUCGUAGCCGUCCACGCCGCCGACAAGCCGUCCAAGCAGGCUGCUGCAGCCCUGUCGGCUGCGGCCCCCCCGGCGAAGACCGCCGAGAAUGCGGUCGGGGGUAAGUGGAGCGUCGACAGCUGGAGGGGGAAGAAGGCCCUGCAGCUGCCCGAAUACCCCGACAAGGCCGAGCUGGAGUCGGUUCUGAAGACGCUGGAGGACUUUCCCCCGAUCGUUUUCGCCGGGGAGGCCCGCAGCCUCGAGGAGCGGCUGGCAGAGGCAGCCACCGGGAACGCCUUCCUCCUGCAGGGCGGCGACUGCGCCGAGAGCUUCAAGGAGUUCAAUGCCAACAACAUCAGGGACACCUUCAGGAUCCUCCUCCAGAUGGGGGUGGUCCUCAUGUUCGGCGGGCAAAUGCCCGUUAUCAAGGUGGGAAGGAUGGCUGGUCAAUUUGCGAAACCGAGAUCAGAGCCGUUAGAGGAGAAGAACGGUGUGAAGCUCCCCAGCUACAGAGGUGACAAUGUGAACGGGGAUGCCUUCGAGGAGAAGUCCAGGAUCCCCGACCCCCAGAGGAUGAUUCGGGCCUACUGCCAGUCCGCUGCCACCUUGAAUCUCUUGCGGGCUUUCGCCACCGGUGGUUAUGCUGCUAUGCAGAGGGUGACACAGUGGAAUUUGGAUUUCACUGAGCACAGUGAACAGGGAGACAGGUACCGGGAGCUUGCUCACAGGGUUGACGAGGCCCUUGGGUUUAUGACUGCUGCUGGUCUCACAGUGGACCAUCCCAUAAUGCAAACUACUGAGUUCUGGACUUCCCAUGAAUGCUUGCUUCUGCCCUACGAGCAGGCACUCACUAGAAUGGAUUCGACAUCAGGCCUUUACUAUGACUGCUCGGCCCACAUGCUCUGGGCUGGUGAGCGCACCAGGCAAUUAGAUGGGGCGCAUGUUGAGUUCUUAAGAGGAGUUGCUAACCCUCUUGGGAUUAAGGUGAGUGAUAAGAUGAACCCAGGUGAGCUAGUUAAGCUCAUUGAGAUUUUGAACCCUCAGAACAAGCCCGGGAGGAUCACAAUAAUUACAAGAAUGGGAGCUGAGAACAUGAGAGUGAAGCUCCCCCAUCUCAUUAGGGCUGUUCGCAGGGCAGGGCAGAUUGUCACAUGGGUCAGCGAUCCUAUGCAUGGCAACACCAUUAAGGCUCCAUGUGGUCUCAAGACUCGUCCCUUCGAUGCCAUCAGAGCUGAAGUGAGAGCGUUCUUCGACGUGCAUGAUCAAGAAGGCUCCAACCCGGGAGGGGUCCACCUAGAGAUGACGGGACAGAACGUGACGGAGUGCAUCGGUGGGUCCCGCACGGUGACGUUCGAUGACCUGAGCUCGCGCUACCACACCCACUGCGACCCCAGGCUCAACGCCUCGCAGUCGCUCGAACUAGCCUUCAUCAUCGCCGAGCGCCUCAGGAAGCGGAGGAUCAGAUCCCAGAGCCCUCUCUCUUCUUCACCUUCUCCUUCAUUGGGGCUCUGAAAUUAAAUAUAAAUUGUUCUUUUUUAAAACAAAAAUCAAGAAGAUUUGGGACUUUAUUAUUCAGUGGAUGUAUUAGUAUUGCACUUUUGGUUAAUUCAUGUUCAUGCAAUGUAUUUUGUGUAUACCCGAGUGAAAGUGAUGGUUUGGAAGGAGAAAUGAGGAAUAAAGAGAGAACAAGGAGAAUUCAUUUUAAAAA